GGAUAACUACCGCUCCGGUGCGGGACAGCGUCACUUGUCUACCCACCUUCACAACGGGAAAAUGUUGAACUUUACACGGCUGAUUCUCGCCCUUGUCUGUGUUGCCGUUUUGGCACGGGGAGCGAGUCUCCCUGACGGCACCACCGAGGCUGACUGUUCCCAGUACAACUUGCCCAUGUGCCCCCGCAACUACGAGCCAGUGUGUGGAAGCGACGGCACCAACUACUCUAAUGAAUGCAUGCUGUGCUUUGAAAACAUGGAGCAGAAGAGUAACAUUCACAUCAGGAGUAAAGGGGAGUGCUGAACCAAACAUGGCCGUCUCAGUGACACACCAGGCCUUCAACAUUACUUUGAACCAUUUCCUGUUGCCUUGUCAAAAACAAUGACAUUUUUAUUUUUGCGUUCUAAAUACUAAGGGGUCAGUAAACAACCUGUCAAGUGACUCAAUAUCGUUUGAACCAGUUCCUCACCACCUGCUUUCUUUUCCAAACCGUAUGGGCUUCCUGUCUGUCGUAGAGGACUUAACCCUUCACUACCUAGUCUUUUAAGACUUGUGUAGUGUACUUGUUGGUAAAAUGGUAUUUUAAAUGGUAUAGUCUUCAUGUGUAUGUUACUUGCCUACCUUUUUAAUCUGUAAUUAAAACUAUUUUAGCCAAGUA